AAUGAGUUUCUUCCCCCAACUCUCGGAAGUUUAGCUAAGUUGCUGUGAUUUAGCCAAGCAAGUUAGCCACUUAGAAAACGGCACGACAAAACUAAACUUGAUUUUUCGGAAGGAGAAACAAGAUUUAACCGAAAAAUUAGUUCCCAUAUGGAAACCUAAGGGAUUAUUCAUGAAUUUGUAUCGAUUUUUAUUCUAUUGUUUUCGCAAACUCGUACGGUAGCUAGCUUUGAAAGAAGUUGUGAUUGUUUUUUUGGCGCUCUGGCAACGCAGAGGAAAGAUGGUGGUGAUUCAGUUGAGCUAACAGGCUACAGCGAGCUUGCUUCUUUUAUGAGCAUCGUAUGAGAUAGCUCACCAUCAAGUUGGUAUACUUUGCGUUAGGAAAGUUUGGAAGAAAGCGUGGAAGAAGUUUAAUCAGCGCCACCCUCCGCUCUGUCCCUAACAGAGCAUGAGUCCCCCCAGGCUUCUGAGAAUGGGACCAGGGUUACUGGUGGCUGUAUAUAGGCUGCAGAUGGAGCUCUGAAGAAGCCAUGGGUAGCUGCUUAAGCUGUCCAGAGAAAGAGUCAAUCCCAGAUAAUCAUCAAACCAAAUUUAAGGUGGUGAACGUGGAUGAUGAUGGUAAUGAGCUGGGCGCCGGCGUGAUGGAGCUGAACGAGGCCGAGCUGGUCCUCCACACCCAUCGCCGUGACGACGUCAGGUGGCCCUACCUGUGCCUGCGUCGCUAUGGCUACGACUCAAACCUGUUUUCCUUUGAGAGUGGCCGGCGCUGUCAGACUGGACAGGGGAUCUUUGCCUUCAAGUGUGCGCGGGCGGAGGAGAUCUUCAACAUGCUGCAGGAGGUGAUGCACAGCCACAGCAUCAGCGUGGUGGAGGAGGCAGUACUGGAGCCAAGCCACCUGGCUACACACACACACACUCCUGCAGCUCUGGGCUACUCCGUUCCCACGGUGCCCAACGGUGUGAGCCGGAUCCCCUCUGUGGGCGAGGAGCCAUCACACCCGUCCAGCCGCCUCCCGUCCGUGGCCAGCACACGGCUUCCCUCCCUGGGGGACGAGCCCACACACCCCCUGCUGGGGGGUGACGAGGCGAUCCACACCUAUGUGAACACCACAGGCCUGUUGGAGGACCAUCCCAGCCCCCUUGCUGUGCCCAGCCCCCUGGACAGCCCUGGAUCAGCCCAGAGCCAGUUGCCCCCAACUCCCCCUCCGCCACCACGGGCGCGGCCCGACCCCCCUCCCCCCCAACCGGAGCCGCAGGUGCUCCUGGAGUCCCAGGGCGCGCGCUUCGUCCUGGGCCCCACGCCCGUGCAGAGGCAGCUGAUGGCCAGGGAGAGGCGGCAGCACAGCGAGGGGGAGGAAGAGGAGGAGGAUGGGGAGGAGGGCUUGCCUGGGGAGACCGGGGAGGCCAACGGGCACAUAGACACAGAUGGAGGCUCUACUGAGGCCAAAAGCGAGCUCUCACACACACAAUCCAACGGCUCCUCCUCCGGCCCGGCUCCCCCCUCUUCGCACCCCGUCACCUCCCCUCGCUGUGUCCGCCCGCCCCCCCUCACCCCAGACCUUCACAACGUCAACAACUCGGCCCAGCGGCGGACGGCCCUGCUGGACUACGAGAACCUGCCGGCCCUGCCGCCCGUCUGGGAGGCGCGCAAGCUCAGCAGGGAGGAGGAGGAGAGCGGACGAGGGGGGGGGAUGAAGACACCGUCCGUGAACGGCUACAACCACAACCACCACGGCCUGCUCCAGCUGUCCUGCUCCCACCCCCUCUCCGCCGCGCUGCUGGAGCCCUCGCACAACUACGUCAACACGGAGAACGUGACGGCGCCCCUCAGCGCCCACCGCCCUGAAACGGCACGUCGCCCCGACACGGCCCACCGCCGAACCGACGGCCCCUCCGUCUUCAACUUCGACUUCCGCCGGCCGCCGCUGGGCCCGGAGUCGGCCAAGACGCUCAACUACAUCGAGGUGGAGAUGGAGAACACGGGUGGAGGGGGCGGGGCCAACAAGGCGGCCUCAGACAGCAGCAACCCCCACACCCCUCGCACGCCCACCUCCCCACUGCCCCCCACCACGCCCACACGCCGCACAGAGCUCUACGCCUUCAUCGACAUCGAGCGCACGGCCGCCAUGUCCAGCCUGCAGAAGGCUCGGCCGCGCGACGACGGCACCUCAAGGAAAACGCGACACAACAGCACGGAGCUGCCCACUAAGAGCACUGUCUGAACACGCCCCCCCAGCUCUGCUAUCCUCCCUCUGUCUGAACACGCCCCCCCAGCUCUGCUAUCCUCCCUCUGUCUGAACACGCCCCCCCAGCUCUGCUAUCCUCCCUCUGUCUGAACACGCCCCCCCAGCUCUGCUAUCCUCCCUCUGUCUGAACACGCCCCCCCAGCUCUGCUAUCCUCCCUCUGUCUGAACACGCCCCCCCCAGCUCUGCUAUCCUCCCUCUGUCUGAACACGCCCCCCCAGCUCUGCUAUCCUCCCUCUGUCUGAACACGCCCCCCCAGCUCUGCUAUCCUCCUCCCUCCCUCUGUCUGAACACGCCCCCCCAGCUCUGCUAUCCUCCUCCCUCCCUCUGUCUGAACACGACCCCCCCCCCCCAGCUCUGCUAUCCUCCUCCCUCUCUCUCUCUCUUUUUUUUACAUGUAAAAACGCGCCGGCACACACAGUGCCUUCCUUGUCUUAAUCACGUGACGCAGAGACGUUGGGACCGACGAGGCUCCUCCUCUUGUCUUGAACAAGACAGAGACAUGAUGAUCACAUGGUCACCUGCUAUGGAGUUCAGGUAGACCACAAAUAGGUACUUGCCAUAUACCAGUUUAUUCCUAUGGUAAUAUAAUGCCUCCUCUCCUUCACUCUACUGUGCAUUUGGGUUGUUUAUUAUGUUAAUAAGACUGGACUGCAUCCCUCCUCCUCUUCCUCCUCAUAUAUAGUCCAAAUCAGUAUUACUGAACAAAGCAUUCCAUUUAGCCUUUUAUUUUAUAGGGUUCACUACAUGCUGCUGUAAUUUCAGUAUCUGACAAUUACAUGAUACACUGCAUAAUGUUUCUGACUAUGUACAGUAGAUCCUGGCACAAUAAAUGUCUGUUCUGUUUUAAUCUGUA